ACAACGGUUGGCGCUACCUGAUAUGUAUUGGACGGACAAUUCGUAGACUUACUUUCGUCCAACAUGAAUAUAUGGAUGUUUUAAUUAGUAUUUAAUAUUUUACAGGUAGUAUGUUUGUGAAACUGCACCCUGGCUCCAGUGACUUGAUUGAGAGCUCUGUACAAGCUACAUUGGCUAGUUAGCUUAAUCAAGCUAACGUAAACCAAAGCUACGUAGCCAGUUUACAUCAGCUUUCUUAGUGUUUGUGUUGUAAUGGAUGCAGAUCUUCUGCUCGCCAUUCAGCUACAGGAACAGUUUGACAACGAAUACGAGACAUCAGUUUUAUCAAACAGCUUUGAGAACAAUGACUACGGACAAAGCAGUAAGAAAAAGAAAGUGGAGGUAGCUGGAGGUGGCAGCGAUGUUGUUCCCUACUGGAAGCCGACUGUCCGGCCCGAGAGGCCGCUGUCCAUCGUGGACGAAUCCUGGGAGAUGUUGGACCCUAACCCCGAUGUCAGAGCCAUGUUUCUGGAGUUCAAUGAUACUUUCUUUUGGGGGAAACUCAGCGGUGUGGAGGUUAAGUGGAGCCCAAGAAUGACACUGUGUGCUGGCGUGUGUUCAUAUGAAGGCCGAGGUGGACUGUGUUCAAUCAGACUCAGUGAGCCUCUACUGAAGCUACGACCAAGAAAAGACCUGGUGGAGACUCUCCUUCACGAAAUGAUCCACGCUCUGCUGUUUGUGACCCAGAACAACCGAGACCGAGACGGUCAUGGUCCAGAGUUCUGCAAACACAUGAAUCGGAUCAACAACGCCAGUGGGACGAAAAUAUCUAUCUACCACAGUUUCCAUGAUGAGGUGGAUGUGUACCGGCAGCACUGGUGGAGAUGCGACGGGCCCUGCCAGAACCGCAGGCCCUACUUUGGCUACGUGAAAAGGGCCAUGAACCGGGCUCCAUCUGCUCAGGACCCCUGGUGGGAGGAUCACAAGAGGUCGUGUGGAGGGACAUACACCAAGGUCAAGGAGCCUGAAGGAUAUGGUAAAAAAGGCAAGAAGGAUGGCAAAAAGGACGACAAGACCUCAGAGAAAAAGGCCCCGGGAAAUGGAAAGCCUUCAAGUACAAAUACAGGUUCUGGAUCACAGGAUAUAAGGAACAUUCUUCCAUUCAGCGGCAAAGGUUACCUACUCGGAGGGAAGUCACAGACCUCCACAUCUGCCUCCCCAUCUCACACACCAGUAGUGCCUUCCUCUCCAAAGAAACUCUUCACCCCUUCAUCUCCAGCUAAAAGUCUCAGUUCUCCUGUUGGCCCUGGCCUGUAUAACAAUGGAAUCUCUAGCACCUUUCCCUCCAUCAGACCAGCUACCUCCACAGGGCAGAAGCCACCUAUAAAGAGGUCUGUCAGUAACACAAGAGUUUUUGUCAACAUCAACGGCUCGCCAGUGAAAAUCCCCAAACCCAACCGCAGCAGCCAAGAAGCAGAUAAAGUCAAACAGAGGUCCAUCGAAGAACUCUUUAAAAGCCCAAGAAAGUCUUCCACCUCAAACACAGAAACUAAAAGAGAUUCAUUAACAUCACCCAACAGUGCAACUGCAUCUUCCAUCUUUGCUAAACACCAAAAUAUCCAAGCAGCUUUGCCUCACAGAACAUCUCAGCCUAGUCCCAGCAACUCCAGUCACUCUGUCGUUUCAACUGGAACCAAAGGCAGUCCUGCUAAACAAACACAGUCCAAGUAUUUUAAUAAUUCUAGAAGUGACAAUACAUCAGGAGCUGCUGGUGCUGCUCAGGUAUCAAGGAAGAGGCCGUGGGACGACCGCGGAGGCUCAUCCAGCAUCUUUGACUUCUUCCAGAAGACAUUAGGAAGCAAUUCAGCAGCCUCGAGGGAGCAAGUGGAGGCAAAAUCACCUGCAAUGCAGCAAAGGACAGCCUCCUCCACACCCGCUUCUUCUUCUUCUUCUUCUUCCCUUCAUUCCUCUGCAGAGCUGCACAGUUUUACGCCUUCCUCUUUGUCUUCCUCCUCUGCAGUGAUGGUCAGCUGUCCUGUGUGCCAAGCAAAGGUGCAGGAGUCAAAGAUCAACCAGCACCUCGAUUCUUGCCUCUCUUAAAAAAAAAAAAAACAUCUUUUAAAGGAAUACCUCAAGCACAAAUUAUCAUUUGAAUGUCAGUUAUUCACCCUUUGUUAACUUGUAUUUGUAAAGAAAACAUUUUUUCUCACAUGAACGAAUAAUUGGAAAAACAGCAAACAUUCUUGAUGAACUAAAGUAAAGGGGGACCACGUUUGACAAGAGCAAAAAUAUAACAAGUCUCAUUUAUUCAGUCGAAUGCUCACUACUUCGGAAAUAAAAAUUGAUUUUUACCAAAAAUUCACAAUUUAAAAGACUUCCACAUACCAGUAGUGUGUACGGGUAACUCAUCUGUAUCUAAGACUUUUAAUGCAAAGGUGUUUUAAUAGUAAGGUUUUUAGCAAAAAUGCAUCUGUUUGAAAGGUACUGAGCAUGUGACUGGAUAAAUGAGACUU